CCCAUCACUUAAGCAACAACACACACAAUUUUUUAGUGUCCACCACACAGCCACCAUGAGCUUUCUCCUCAGACUGUCUGUCUGUUUUAGCACAUUCCCUUCCUUUGUGUGGCCACAUGUGGCCUCCACCAAGAAGACCGGCUGCUUCAGAGUCAACAACUGCAAAUGCAUCAUGAAGGAUGGCAGUGGGGUGAUAAACCUGCAAGCUAUGGGCGAUGCAGACGGGUUCCUGGGGCGGAUGAAACUGCUCCAUGCUUACGAUGGGUCGAUCAACGCUGAGUUCCUGCUGACCUUCAGCCCUUGCCAGCCUUUCUCACAGCCAGAGGACCUGACAGGAAGUGACUGCACCAGUAUUGCCGCAUGCCUCAUUGUCAGGUAUCAAAGGUUCAACAGAUAUAUUCACCGCUAUAUCAGCUUUGGGGGACAUGACGGCAAUGAAUUCCAUUACAAUGACACCCUGAGGACACUUUCUGUCUCAUACUUUGGGCCCACUGAACUUCCACUUACAAUUGUGCAUUAUCACUGCAAUCCAAAUGAGUCUUCAUCCUUUAUUCGGGACCAGAGGCUGAAAGUAGAGGAGCCCCUAGAAAUCUGGGUGGAGAGUCCCUGUGCUUGUCCAAACGCCUGUGCCAUAGGAGAUCUGGGUCUUGGCUCAAUCUUCCUUAUCAUCCUGUCUCUCAGCGCUGCUGCUUAUCUCAUACUUGGCUCCUGUGCACUAAGACCUUUUCGGAGCAGCAGUGGAGUUCAAAUUGCUCCGGAACACAGUGUGUGGUGUAUGAUCUGCUACCUCUUCACUGAGAAAAGGCCAGCGAGACGACAAUAUACAGACCUGACACAUUCUGAAGUAACACUGAAAGACUAGUUGGUGUCUUACGUUUAAGUUGUGAAUAAUGCAUCAUGAAUUAUGUGACUAUUGGUGUUUUGUGUUACCUCAUAAUCUACAAUUAAUGCUUGUUCAUUGAUAUUCAUGAAACAUGCACAAUAUACAUGGUAUGUAUCUAAUGUCUUGAAAGCACAAAGCAAAGUUUUACCUACGCACUGGCUUGUAAUCAACUGAGAUCCAAUACAUGACGUUGCCUUUACUAAGACAAGACAGUAGAAGCUCCAAACUCAAUUCAACUCAACUUUAUUCAUAGAGCACUUGAAAUACAACCACAGCCGCAUCUAAUGUGCUGCACAUCAAGUUAAAAAUCAGACAUAUAUAAACAAGGACAAGCCAUUCAGGGAUACCGGUUACUUCCAAUUUGGUCCACUUUCAUAACAAUUGCUGCCAUACUGACCAAUAAAAAUGAUGAAUGAAUAGUGUUGACAACCUAAAAUCUUUCUUGUUACAAGCAAUGUUUUCCGUAGCAUUCUACCAUUCAAAUGCAGUCUAGCAGCUCUUUCAAACUUUGACUUUAGCAACUCUUCAAAGUUACAUUACGCACAUUGGAUUGAACCCUUUCAGGGACAGCGGUUACUGUGGUGGAUGGCUUAUCAUGUUAUCAGGUUACAGUUUUGUCAUUAUUGCUGCAU